UGGUUGUUUUAAGACGACCCCUAGCUGUAUCGUCGCGGUGUGAUACUGAGCACAGGACGGAGGGUGCGGCGGCUCCCGACUCGCUGACGCCAGGGAGAUCAGAUCAACCCAGGCAGCUGUGUAGAGGGGAGCUGAGAGAAAAGUGGAGAAGAAAAGAAAAGGAAUGAGGUGCUUGUGACAGAGCGCAGUAACCAGACUGAAAGAAGAACAAAGCUGAUUUAUUCAAAUGGUGGAAUGCUCAUGUAACCUUUCUAACUGAGAGACAAAAACCUGAACUGCACUUCAGUGUGUGUGUUUUCUUUUUUUUAUUUCUUUUUUCGUGGGAAGCUGACCUUUUUUUUUUUUUUUUAAGAAACAAAAGGUUUUGUUUAAAUCAGACACUGCCCACGGAAGAUAAACGAUGAACGUGACCAGCUUGUUCUCCUUCACCAGCCCGGCGGUGAAGCGGCUGCUGGGCUGGAAGCAGGGUGACGAGGAGGAGAAAUGGGCGGAGAAGGCGGUGGACGCCCUAGUGAAGAAGCUGAAGAAGAAGAAGGGUGCGAUGGAGGAACUGGAGAAGGCGCUCAGCUGCCCCGGCCAGCCGUCUAACUGCGUCACCAUCCCCCGCUCCCUGGACGGCCGCCUGCAAGUGUCUCACCGCAAGGGGCUACCGCAUGUCAUUUACUGCCGCGUCUGGCGCUGGCCCGACCUUCAGAGCCACCACGAACUGAAACCGCUGGAGUGCUGCGAGUACCCCUUUGGCUCCAAGCAGAAGGAGGUCUGCAUCAACCCCUACCACUACAAGCGGGUAGAGAGUCCGGUACUUCCUCCGGUCCUGGUUCCCAGACACAGCGAGUUCAACCCUCAACACAGCCUCCUGGCACAGUUUCGCAACCUGGCCCAGAACGAGCCCCACAUGCCUCACAACGCUACCUUCCCAGACUCCUUCCCCCAGGCCAACAGCCACCCUUUUCCCCACUCGCCCAACAGCAGCUACCCCAACUCUCCAGGCAGUGGGAGCGGCAGCACCUUCCCACACUCUCCUGCCAGCUCAGACCCUGGGAGCCCCUUCCAGAUACCUGCUGAAACUCCUCCUCCUGCAUAUAUGCCCCCAGAGGAUCAGAUGACUCAGGAUGGCUCCCAGCCUAUGGACACCAACUUGAUGGCACCUCCUCUUCCCCUAGAAAUCAGCAACAGACCAGAUGUUCAGCCAGUGGCCUAUGAGGAGCCGAAACACUGGUGCUCUAUUGUUUACUAUGAGCUGAAUAACCGUGUGGGAGAGGCGUUCCAUGCCUCCUCCACAAGUGUGUUGGUGGAUGGCUUUACUGAUCCUUCAAACAACAGGAACCGGUUUUGCCUUGGGCUCCUGUCCAAUGUUAACCGCAACUCCACCAUUGAGAACACUAGGCGACAUAUUGGCAAAGGAGUCCAUCUUUAUUAUGUUGGAGGUGAAGUGUAUGCUGAGUGCCUUAGUGACAGCAGCAUCUUUGUGCAGAGUCGAAACUGCAACUAUCACCACGGCUUCCACCCUACGACGGUUUGCAAGAUCCCCAGUGGCUGCAGCUUGAAGAUCUUUAACAACCAGGAGUUUGCUGAGCUUUUGGCCCAGUCUGUGAACCACGGCUUUGAAGCGGUCUAUGAGCUUACUAAGAUGUGCACCAUUCGCAUGAGUUUUGUAAAGGGUUGGGGUGCAGAAUAUCAUCGCCAGGAUGUCACUAGCACCCCCUGCUGGAUUGAGAUCCAUCUGCAUGGGCCUCUGCAAUGGCUGGAUAAAGUUCUUACUCAGAUGGGAUCCCCUCACAACCCCAUUUCUUCGGUGUCCUAGACAAAACUGUUUCCUUGCCCAUCACUGUUGAAAACGAGUAUGGAGUUUCAAAGGGGGUUGCAUUUUACUUGAAGGAUGUUUUGAAAUGGGCACGUUGCAGAUUGGGACGGGGGUGUGGGAGUCUGGAAGAUACUUGAUUUUUGUGACCAACUGUAAUAAUCAAGACCAUCAUGCAUUUGAGCAUCAAUGCUGGUCUGUUUAAUGUUUUAGUUUACAUCAGUAUUCCAUUGUAUACCCAAGCAGUUAUUUUUUCUUGAUGGGUCUGUUACAUGAGCAUUAAGGAUUAAAAAAGGUGGAAGGUGACCAAUUGAGAGAAAAAAAAAUAAAAAUAAAAAACAUUAGUUUCUUUUGUAGUGGAAGUUGUCAUUAGCUUGUUUCUGUAUUAUAAUCAUGAGGGCAAAAAAAAAAUUUCCUAUGCUUGCAGAUGCGUACGUUCUUCUAGGAACUGAAAUAUGCGUUGCACAGAUUUCAAACUGCCAAGAGCAUUUUAUUUUAUUUUAAUAAAUUUUCAAAAUGCUUCCCAUAGCAGUACUUCAAAAAGGGGGAUGAAAUACAAAAUAAGAUUUAUCACAGUCUUCAUAAUAACAUUUCUCUAGUGUACUGACUUGUAUUCUGCAUUAGAGUAAAGAAAAUGCUGCCUGUACUCUUUGGAAGUUUAGUAUGGUUAGAAUAGUCUGCAGGAUUUGCAGGUAGCUGAUAUGGUAGAAAACUGAAAUAAGCAGAUUAGCACAGUUAUACAUGCCCCCUGGUGUGCAUUUUACAGGUAACAUGUUUAUUGCUGUGCUACCAACCUAAAUCUUUUAAUUAUUUUGCAAUUGCUACUUGACUUGAAUUGCAGUAGCUCAGCUGGACUACAGUUUUUGUCUUGGUUGUGGUCCCCCCCAUAUAUGGACGGCUGUUGUACUAAAUUUAAUAACACCCAUGCAAGACCCAGCAGGGUUUACAGGAGUUUUUCUUUUUUUAAACUGUCGUUUUUGUAUGAUCUUUUCUGCUCUUCUUGUUACGCACUUUUACUAAAUGCUCCCCCUCCUAUUUUUUUAUUUUAUUUUUUUGGUUUGUUGUGCUGUUGUAUUCCCGGAAGGCAAUUUUAUUCCAUGAAUAUCAAGUCUCUACUGGAAGAUUCAAUAAAACGGUUUCAUUAUCA